GGAUCUAAAUAAUUGGAUUUGUCUUAGACAAAAAAAUUGCACCCAAGUCAGCCAAUGAUAUCAAACUUAUAAGUGCUGGGAAAAUCUUGGAGAACAACAAGACAGUUGGUCAGUGCACUGUACCAUCUGGUGAGCUACCAAAUGGGGUAAUCACCAUGCAUGUUGUGGUGCAGCCAACUUUAGUGAAAGCAAAAACAGAAAAAAAGGUGGAUGAACUCCCUAGGAAAAAUUCCUGUUCAUGUUCGAUAUUAUAGGAGUUUUGAUACUUGAUUCAGGGCAAGGGAGAGUGGACAAGCGAAAAGACACAGACAAAAGGCAAUGUAGUAGUCAGUGGCGCCGCCUAGGCCUUGGAUUUGUCAAAGGAAUAGUGUGCGUGGUCCCUGCCCAUUUUCCAUCCUAGGCGGCAUUUCCUUUCUAGUUUUAGGAGCAGAGGCGGAAGACACACUCUGUAAUGAUGUACGUCCAACCAGAAUGAUAUAAAAGUUCAGUGUUUUC